AAGAAGAAAUAAAUCAUGGUAUAUGUGACUCAGGGAGAGUUUAGAAACACUUCCUCUUCAGCAACAGAGAUGACUCCAUACACAUAUAAACAUUCAGCUGUAUGCUAUAUACCAGAAGUGAAAGUACAUGUACAAGAUACAAGCUUUCGUUCUUUACAUCAAAGCAAAGCACUGCAACAUCAAGACAAUAACGCCAAGAGAUGAUUGACAAAGACAUCGUACUUGAAGCACUGGCGGUGAUCUGCAAUGCUGAGAUAACUUCUGUUCAACAAAAACAAGGAGAAGUUGGCAUCGGUUCUGGUCUUCUCGAAGCUUUCAAAAAUUUGUUUUUCAAAGCUCCUGCUACGCAGCUGCCUGUUACCCAGCUCAUUUCUACAGUUGUGGAUGGAGAUCAAACCUGCUCGGUGUCACAAAGCAGCUUGAUGAGGCUUGAUGGGCACGUGUCUUCUGGAUUGCCCGGGAAUAUAAGUAUUAAAGGUUUUCCAGCAAAUAAACAUGUAUCAAAAUUUGAAAUAGAGGAAAGAAAUGGAAGGCGUUUCAUCAUCAACGAGGAAGAAUUCUUUGACCCCAGAUUUCACUACGACUUUACUGGAAUGAAAGACACAGAUACCUUUUACAGAGGUGACGAAGAGUACCGGCGUCCCUAUGGUUGGCAGCGUUUUGCUCUCAAGGUCCUGGAUAAGUAUGAUGGAAAUGAAUGGCUAGGCACCACAGGCUAUCGCACUCGGUCAGUGUCAGGGGAGUGGCCUGUGUCCUACCAUGGGACAUCUUAUGACUCUGCUUGUGACAUCAUCAAAGGACGUUUCAAGCCAGGUCCCCGUGACGCCUAUGGUAGAGGGGUUUAUUCUACACCUGACAUCAAUGAGGCCCUCAAAUACUGUAAAGAUUUCAAGUCCAAAAAAACCGGCAAGACGUACAAAGUGAUUCUGCAGAAUCGGAUCAACCCCAGAUACAGAGAGAAACACAACAAUGAUAAGUACUGGCUGGUUUGCAUCAAUGAUGGAUUAUCAAAAGAAGAAGAGGAAAAGAUGGUGGAACGUGCCAUUCGUCCCUAUGGCCUUCUGUUGAAAGAGUUCUAAAAGACCAAAAAGGUCACUAGAGGUAGCAGAAAAGCCAAAUAAAGACUAAAGCAGACUCUAGUAAUCCUCUGUGCUGCAAUUUAAAGUGCAGUAAACCCUAAAAUUUGUUAUUUACCCGCAUGCAUAAAAUGUCUGUGGAAAGAGAAGUGAAGUUCAGGGAUAAUUAUGCUCACAAAACUGUUCUCACUAUGAAAUUCAGGUAGACGUUCAAUCCUUCUGCACACUAGAAGCCAAGAAGUUUGUCAAUAGAAAAUUGUACUUAGUAGUCAGUAUAAUCUUUUAAUAAUAUAAGUUUGCAUAUGAUAGAAUACUGCAUGAUGACCUCUUUAUGACUCAGACUGUUGUUUUAAUUCACUGUGACCCGUUAUCAUGCAGGGAAGGAGCAGUACCUGCUAGUGAUAGAUAAGAGCUUAAGCAGUUUCACUUCGUACCAGGUAGAGGAGCCUCUCCUGGCACACGCGCACACACACGCGCGCACACACACACACACACACACACACUCACACACACACACAUCCACAUUCCAAUGUAAUAAACGAACCACCUACUGUUGUAUAUAAAUAAAGACCAGGGCAGUGGCAGAGUGCGAGUCCCGGAGCCCUCACUCUCGUGCGAGUGCUCUGUGGCUGCCCUUGCUUGCAAGUAAAAAACUGCAGUGUGUGUGUGUUUCUACUCUCAGCUGAAGAAGUGUCUUAGAAUAAAUCUCUUGACAAAGUUGUUCAUAUUAAUCAUUUAUAACUGAGCUCCGAAGAACUGGUGGAUGAUUUGUAAUUCCUUGAUGAGAUCUAUUACCAGUGUUAGUCACAUU